AUGCUGACGCUAAAUGCUAAAACCUCUAUGAAUUCUACUGGAAAGGACACCAACACUGGAAAAGACGCUGAUCCUUCGAACACUGAGUUCGUUUCUCUUGCAACUUUGAGAGAGAUGCUCCAGAUACAGAAGCAAAUGUUUAAGAACAUGUUUGAGUCGCUUUUGUCCUCCGUAAAUACCAGAAUUGACAAGGUUGUCAAAUCUGUCUCUGAAUUGAAAGCGAGCUUGGAAUAUUCACAGCAAGAUAUCGACGACUUAAAGGAAGCUACAGACGCCAUAGACGACAUGGACGAAGAACUUGAGAAAAAUUGGAAAAUCUCAAGAACCAAAGCCGAAGAAAUAAUGUCCAUAUUGAUGGAAUUCACAAAGAAGACAACGAGACCUAGCUGA